AUGCACCGGCCCUGCCCCUCUUGUCAAAGACGACCAAGGGUCAACUACUCCAGAAAACACAAAAAUGGAGAUGAAUAAAAGUCUCUCUUUGAAUGGGUCAAACGUCAAAUUACUGCAAAUGACUUGUUCUCAAACUAGCUAUGUAGAAUUUCCCAAGAACCCAGAGCUCAUUAAAUACAUGAAGAAUCUCUGGCUCUUGUGGUGUCAGCUUUCUGGGCACUGUAAAAUGAAUCUUUCAUGCCUUUCCCAAAUGGAGAUUCCGAAAAUAGUCUUUUUUAUUCUCUUCGCAACAACAAUAAUGUUUGGAGGAUCUUUCAUUGCAUUCUCCAAGAAAGCUGGAGCUGUCAGGGUUCAUGUUGGUGUCAUUCUUGACGGGGUCACCAUAUCUGGGAAGAUGAUGAACGUGUGUACCACGCUGGCUCUAUCCGAUUUCCACGCCAACCGGAACCGUGUCACCCAGGUUGUCCCUCACUACAGAAACUCCAAAUCCGAUGAUGUCACGGCUGCUUCUGCUGCCAUAGACCUGCUGAAGAAUGUUGAGGUUCAGGCAAUCUUAGGCCCUCAGGGGUCCACACAAGCUGAUUUCAUAGCAGACAUAGGCAAGAGAGUGAAAGUCCCUAUUAUUUCUCCAGCCAGAAGUUCAGCUCUUUCUUCCAGCCAAAACCCAUACUUCAUCAGAGCAGCGUACUGCUCCUGUGCGCAGUCCAAGGCAAUCGCUGCAAUUGUAGAGGCCUUUGGUUGGAGGGAGGUUGUGAUCAUCUAUGAAAACAGCAACCUUGGUGGUGGAAUUCUUCCUCAUUUGACUGAUGCGCUGAUGGAUAUCAGUGUUUCAGUAGCAGAUCGAAGAAUCCUUUCGCCACGGGCAAAUGAUGACCAGAUCAUGUUGGAGCUAGCAAAGAUAAAGAAGAAGAGGACGCGUGUCUUCAUAGUUCACUUGCAUCCGGCUUUUGCUCCUCAUUUUUUUGUCAAGGUGAAAGAAGCUGGAAUGAUGAGCAGUGGAUAUGUAUGGAUAAUCACAGAUGAAUUCACCACUCUUUCUGUUUCCAUGAAUCCUUCGGUUCUUGACUCGUUGUGUGGGGUUAUAGGGGUGAAACCCUAUGUCCCAAGUUCAGUCGAGCUGAAGAACUUCACCAAGAGAUGGAAAUCAAAGGAGUUUCGCCAAGAGAAUCCAGACAUGGAUGGAGUGGAACUCAAUGUAUUUGGGCUAUGGGCAUAUGACAGUGCCAUGGCACUAGCAACAGCACUUGAGAAAGUAGGGAACUCAAGUCUGCAAUUCGACAGGACGUUUAACCAGAAGAAUCUGACAGAUUUGGAGGCACUAGGGACUUCCCAAAUGGGGCCUACGAUACUCGAAUCAAUAAGGAACAUCAAAUUCAGAGGGGUGAGUGGCUACUUCCAAAUUGUUGAUGGAGAAAUGCAACCAUCUGCUUUUGAGAUAGUGAAUGUGGUAGGUGGUGGAGUUAAAGGCAUAGGGUUCUGGACAGAAAAAUAUGGGAUUUCCAAAAAACUAAACCCAAACGUCACACUUCCUUACUCUGCUAAACAACAAGAUCUCGGGGCGAUCAUAUGGCCUGGUGACUCUACAGUUGUUCCCAAAGGCUGGGAGAUUCCCACAGGCAAACGAAAGCUCAAGGUUGGAGUUCCUGUAAAACAAGGGUUUGAGCAAUUUGUGAAGGUCACAAUUGAUCCUCAAACAAAAAAAGUAGUAAACGCAACCGGUUUUUGCAUAGAAGUCUUUGAAGAAGUGAUGAAAUCCAUGCCUUAUUAUGUACCUUUCGAAUACGAAGCUUUCCAUAUCCCCCGAGGUGAAAGUCGUCCAAACUAUGAUGACUUAGUUGAGCAGGUCAAUUUAGAGAGAUAUGAUGCAGUGGUAGGUGACAUCACCAUUUUAGCGAAUCGGUCCAAACUUGUGGAUUUCACCUUACCAUUUAUAGAGUCUGGGGUCACUACUGUCGUCCCAGUCAAACAUGCCGACAAGAAGAAGGCGUGGAUUUUCUUGAAACCUCUAAGGAAAGAACUUUGGGUGACGAUUGCGAUGUCCUUUGUCUUCAUUGGCAUCACAAUUUGGGUACUCGAACACCAAGUCAACAAAGAGUUCCAAGAGUCUGGGGUCACUACUGUCGUCCCAGUCAAACAUGCCGACAAGAAGAAGGCGUGGAUUUUCUUGAAACCUCUAAGGAAAGAACUUUGGGUGACGAUUGCGAUGUCCUUUGUCUUCAUUGGCAUCACAAUUUGGGUACUCGAACACCAAGUCAACAAAGAGUUCCAAGGUCCGCGCUACAAGCAAGUUGGGAUGAUCUUCUGGUUCUCCUUCUCAACUCUUGUCUUUGCACACAAGGAGAGGGUGAUAAGCAAUUUAUCAAGAUUCGUGAUCAUAGUAUGGGUGUUUGUUGUUCUGGUUCUGACCUCUAGCUACACGGCAAGCUUAACGUCUAUGUUAACAGUACAACAGUUGCAGCCCACUGUCACAGAUCUCAAAGAUCUGAUCAAGAACAGGGAGUAUGUUGGAUUCCAGGACGGUUCGUACGUUUCUGGUUUGUUGGAUGGCAUGAGGUUUGAUAGAACAAAGAUUAGGAAUUAUACCACUUUAGAAGAGUAUGACAAAGCACUUACAAGAGGAAGUAAGGAUGAGGGAGUUGCUGCUAUUGUGGAUGAGCUACCCUUUCUCAGGAUCUUCCUUUCAAAGUACUGUGGGAAGUACACUAUUGUUGGUCCGACCUACAAGAAUGCUGGUUUUGGAUUUGCAUUUGCGAAGGGGUCCCCUUUGGUGCGUGACGUCUCAAGAGCAGUAUUACAUGUGAAAGAGAGCUGCGCCAUGAGGAUAAUAACUGAGAAAUGGCUUGGGAAGGGAAUGGAAUGCUCACAGCAAGAUGGAACAUCAGCUGACUCUGAUAGAUUGGCACUCGACAGCUUCAUGGGCCUUUUCGUCAUUGCUGGUGCAUCUGCCUUGUCAGCUCUUCUCAUUUAUUUCUGCUCCUUCCUGAAUCAGAACAAGGAUAUCUUGAAAUCUGACCUUUCAAUCCGACAAAAGUUUACUGCAUUAGCAAAAGCUUUCUGUGUGGAAAGGGUGACACCAUCAAGGGUGUCCCAAAUGCUGCCAGAGGAAGGAAAUGCAGAGGCAGCGCCUGAAUUUUCUCCACAAUGUCCAGAAGCCAGAACUUCAUAUUCUCUGGGUCAAGAUAUUGUCAACCGUGAAGAUGGAUUUCCUACAACAGAACCAGGAAGUCCAGAAAAUGAAACUUUUUCCAUAACUGAGGAGGGUGCAGAAAGAUGAUGCACCAAACUGUAGUUUAA